GCCUUCGUUUUAUAUUUUAUAUUCUAUAUAGGCAUAGUACCUACACUGGUUUUGUGGAUCUUAUGUCAUUCUCUUUCCACAGAGUUAGAGAAUACAUUAGAAAAUAUUAUUGUGUUUAAAAGUAUCUUAUUGAAUAUUUCAGGUCACUCAUAUAAGUCAGAGUCAGUUUUCUUAACUUUCUUAUUUCAUCUUGGUUUGUCAAAUGAUGAACUCUGCCUAUGGCCACAUGGUCAAUGUGCUAUUUAUUUUUAUUUCAGGGAUUGUUGACAUUCAGGGAUGUGGCCAUAGAAUUCUCUUGGGAGGAGUGGACCCUGGACUCAGAUCAGAAACUUUUAUAUGGGGAUGUGAUGUUAGAGAACUACAGAAACCUGGUCUGUCUGGGUCUCGCUGUCUCUAAGCCGGACCUGAUCACCUUUUUGGAGCAAAGGAAAGAGCCCUGGAAUGUGAAGAGUGAGGAGACAGUAGCCGUCCAGCCAGGUAGGUGGGAGCAGAUGAAGUGGAUGACAUGGGUGAGAGGUCCAGCGGUCAAGAAAGAACCAGACCUUGGAGUGUGGAUUGGGAAGUUCUCCAAUGGAAAUGAUUUUUGAGACACUUGGGUUUCUUUCUUUCUCUUGCUGUCACAGAGGGACAUCUUCUGUCUCAUGUUCUUAAAUUAUCUGAUGAUUCUCCUUCCCCUUCUGUGAUCCACCAUCAAAUUCACAGUGACAGCCAAAGUGCUCCCCUUGGCCUAUGAGGGCCUGUGUGAUCUGACUGCCCUUGCAUUGAUUUGGGGGCUCUGGGAAAGUCUGGGCAUGUUUCUACCUCUGUGUGGAACCCCUUUUAAAGUUCUGGUUUUGCGUCAUGUCAGAAAUGUGUGAGAUGAGUGAUGGACAGUAGGAUUUUUUUCAAAAGUCCCAGGAAUUCUGUGGAUAGAUGCUACAUAUUUUCUGGUAUAUUAAUUUCUAAUCCUAUGGUGGUUUCCAAGAUGAUCCUACAAAAAUUGAGACUCAGUAAUUUCAUCAGAGCACAAAGUAUCUUCCUAAAUGUAAAAAAAAAAAAAAAAUCUGAUUCCGUAUUUUCACUUCAACUUUUCAUCUUUCCUAGCCUAAACUAAAAUAUAAGCUCUAUGCACAAAUUCCACAGAUUUAAAAUCAUUUAAUAUAUUACUUACUACAUAGAAUUCUUAACUAAAUGAUUGUCUAUGGGGAGUUUAGAACAUUGCCCAUUAUAUGGCUAAACUCUCAACUUUUACCUUAUAUGUUAAUACGAUUUUAUAAUUUUGUCUGGAUAAUUGUGAAGUUUAAUGUGGUCUUUAUGUUCAUUUUCUUUCUUUUCCUUUUCUUUUUUCUUUUCCUUC